UUGUUUUAGUGAUGGAAUUGCUGCAACAGCUCAGCUCUCUGAACCAGCAGGAGUUGUUGAAGGGAGCAAUGGGAGACUAUUCAUAGCCGAUACGAACAACAGCCUAAUCCGAUAUUUGGAUUUGAACGCUAAUGAAUUUGACCUCUGUACCUUGGAGCUUAAAGGAUUUCAGCCUCCCAAACAAAAAUCAAGAUCUUUUAAACGUCUCAAGAGACGGCCAACCGCUGACAUGGUGCCAAUUAUUAAUGACCCCAUUUCAUCAGAGGAAGGAAACUUGUCUAUUAAAAUAUCUUUACCAAAUGGGUAUCAUUUCUCAAAGGAAGCUCGUAGUAGAUUCAGUGUUGAUAUUGAACCUGAAAAUGCUGUGAAUAUCAAUCCUCUAGAUGGACUCCUUAGUCCAGAAGGAUCUACAACGCUUCACUUUAAGAGAUCCUCUCACUCUGCUUCAAUCGGAAGAAUUAAUUGCAAGAUUUACUAUUGCAAGGAAGAUGAGGUUUGUUUAUACCAAUCCUUGCUGUUUGAGGUCCCCUUCCAAGAUGGAGUUUUUAACACUGCCCAAGCAGACGUCACUCUUGCCCAUUUUGUGAAACCCAAAAGUUCGACUAGCAACGUACUGCAGCCUAUUGCCCCAUAGCACGUUGAACCAGGCCCUCACACUGCAUGCAAAGCAACUGGAUGCAACAACCUUGUUUGGUAGCUCAAGGAUGAUAUUAAGUUAAGACAGUCAAAUGCAUUUCCCAAAUUAAGCCUCGCUAACAAAUGCAUAGUAUCAGUGCAACAAGGCACAGUGCCAGUCGGGUUAUAUUAUUUCAAAAGGCUUGCUCAGCAGUCAUCAUCUCUAUUAUUUAUUGAGUAUUAAGAAUAAAUCCCAGUGACACAUUUUUGCUGGAAA